AUGGUAACCAAGGAUCAUUCAGAUUCAUCGUCAGGUGAAGGAUCACCUGUACCUCUGCCUCAAAACGAACAACCUGGUUUCAUUGGGAUGUUGGUGAAAUCUGUAUUUGAGCCAGGAGCCAAUGCAGCCGUAGUCAUGGCCAUGAAUCUGUCUUUCUUCUUUCUCUUGUUAACCCUCUUCGGAUUGUCCGUCUUGACGCAGUGGAACAAACAUGUCUUAGCUUUGUUGGGCGUAACAGCAUUAUUGUGGGGUGCGAUGAUAUGGUUCGUAUUGGAACUGACAAAAGUACAAACGAGACCUGAUAACAUGCCACCCACGCUUGAUUUGGAUCCAGCCUUAUCCGGGACUGAUCAAGUGGAUCCAGUGGAAGAAAAGAAGAAAGACCGGUAG